AUGUCCUCCGACCCACCAAAAGCACCCUACGCUCCACGAACGUGGGUUCGAGUUGAGAGCGACAUCUUCGUUUCCAAUGACCCAUCACUACUCUCAAUCAAAGCCGUCAACGAAGCCUUUGCCCAAGACUGGCUUUACUGGGGUAAACCCUUCCCCGAAGAAGUCAUGUACCACAUGCUCCACGAUUCUAUGAGUUUCGGCGUAUACAAGUACACCCAGUCCCUCUCCGAUGGUGGAGAGCGAGUCGCCCCAUCCACAGAAAACACCCGCCAGAUUGGUCUCGCUCGCAUGGUCACCGACAACGUCACAUUCGGCUAUCUGUCUGAUGUCUAUGUGCUUCCGGAGUUUCAGGGCCUUGGGCUCGGACGAUGGCUCAUGGACUGCAUUUCGGAGAUUUUCUCGAUUGAGAAUAUGCCGAAUCUACGUCGGAUUAUGCUGUUGACGGGGGAUAAGAGGAUGCAGGACUGGUAUGCCAAGAUCUUUGGGAUGGAGGUUAUUGCGCACGAGCGACGGCCUGAUAUUGGGCAAGAUUUGGUGUUUAUGUGUGUGAGGCCCAAUGCAAGAUCUGAGCAUUGA